AUGUCAGCCACAGACAUCUCCACCAUCGGCGUCAUCGGUUCCGGGCAGAUGGGGGGCGGGAUCGCCCAGGUGGCCGCGACGGCGGGCAUCGGCGCGAUCGCGUUCGACACGUCCGAGGGGCAGCUCGAGAAGUGCAAGAAGCUGCACGAGAAGCUCAUGGCCCGCGCGGUCGAGAAGGAGCGGAUGACGCAGGACGAGGCGGACGCGGCGCUGAAGCGCAUCACGUACACGACGCGGAUGUCCGACCUUGACUCGGUGGACUGGAUCGUCGAGGCGGCGGUCGAGAACGCGGAGAUCAAGAAGAAGAUCUUCGCGCAGCUCGCCGAGAUGCACGCGGACGACGAUGUCGUGCUCGCGACGAACACCUCGUCGAUCUCCAUCACCGAGAUCGCCACCGCCUGCGGCGACGCGGCGGACCGCGUGGUGGGCAUGCACUUCUUCAACCCGGUGCCGAUCAUGAAGCUCGUGGAAGUGAUCUCCGGGCUCCAGACGUCCGACGAGGUCGUCCAACGCACCGUCGCGCUCUCGGAGCGGAUGGGCAAGACGCCGCUGAUCGCGAACGACCGGGCCGGGUUCGUCUCCAACCGCGCGUUCUACGCCUGGAUGGAGGGCGUCGCGGAGCCGGAGGCGAUCGACGGGAUCAUGAAGCUCGGCUGCAACUUCCCGAUGGGCCCGCUCCGCCUCGCCGACUUCAUCGGCCUGGACACGUGCGUGCACAUCAUGGACGUGCUGGCGGACGGCCUGAACAACGACCGGUACCGGGCGUGCCCGUUGCUCAAGCAGCUCGUGACGCGCCAGCGUCGCAUCGCGAAGCGACUGAAGUGGACGGCGAUCGCUGUCGCCUGCGCAUUCGCCCUGCUCGCGCUCUGGCACACAGGCUACCGGCUGACCGCGCCUUCGAGAGCGGUCGGUGUUGACUCGACCGGUGUACCCCCGUCGAACGCUCGCUCCGAUUCGCUGACGGUUCUCGCCUACAACAUCGCGCACGGACGCGGCCUCGCGAGGAGCAACUGGGACGGCGGCAGCGCGACGGAGCGGCGGCAGCGACUGGACGCGAUCGCGUCUGUUCUCCGCGAGGCGGGCGCUGAUGUUGUCGUGCUCAACGAGGUGGACUUCGACGCGCCGUGGAGCGGCGGGGUCGACCAGGCGCUCGUGCUCGCGCGGGCGGCGGGGUACCCACACGUCGCGCGCCAGCGGAAUGUCGACGUUUCCCUGCCAUUCUUCGGCGUGAAGUUCGGCAACGCGGUGCUCAGUCGAUUCCCUAUUCGCGGUGCCCGGCUUAUCGAUCUGCCCGCGUACAGGCCCGCCGAGGCGUUCGCGUUCGGCAAGAAGCAGGGUCUGCUCGUCGAUCUCGAACUGCCGAACGGCAAGCCCAUCCGUGCUUUCGCGGUGCACUUGGAUGCGAGAGACGAGGCCACGCGAGUCGAGUCCGCGCUCCGCCUGAUCGCUGCCUGCCAGGAAUCGGAGGCGCCAUUGAUUGCCGCCGGGGACUUCAACGCGCACGCCCCCGGCUCGGCUGGCGCUCCCGUGGACGCGACCGGCCGGAAUACGAUCAAGACGCUCGUGGAAUCCGGCCGGCUCACUCCGGCGCUCCUCGGCCCCGCGGAGUCGGCCGGGUUCACGUUCCCGUCGAGCACCCCGACGCGCACGCUGGAUUGGGUGUUCGCGACAUCUCACUUUCGCGCGACCGAUUUCCGCGUCAUCGAUUCCCCGCUGUCCGAUCACCUGCCCGUCCUCGC